AUGGCGGUGAGGCGGCGGCAGAGGCGCGGGCCGGGCGGCGGGCGAGCGCUGCUGGCCGCGCUGCUGCUGCUGCUGCUGCUGCUGGGCGUGUGGGGCCGGGCGGCGGCCGAGCGGGUCCGCUACGCCAUCCCCGAGGAGCUGGGCAGAGGCUCGCUCGUGGGGCCGCUGGCUCGGGACCUGGGGCUCAGCGCGGACGAGCUGCCGGCGCGCAAGCUGCGGCUGAGCGAGGAGAAGCAAUACUUCACGGUGAAAGAGAGCCAGGAUGGCAGAAAAUCCGCGGAGUUGGUGCUGCGGCACUCACUGGACCGGGAGAGCGAGCCGAGCCUGCGGCUGACGCUGACUGCGCUGGAUGGCGGAGACCCGCCCCGGACUGGCGCCGCCCAGCUGUGGAUCAACGUCACCGACGCCAAUGACAACCCACCCGUGUUCGCGCAGGACCGGUACCGCGUCAGCCUGCGAGAGGACACGCCUCCGGGAUCGACGGUGCUGAACGUGUCAGCCUCAGACGCCGAUGCAGGCGCCAACGCACGCAUCACCUACGGAUUCGGAGAAAUGCCGGCUAAAGUGCUUGAGAAGUUCACUGUAGAUGCCCAGAGGGGGACGAUCACGCUGCAGGACGCACUGGACUUUGAGGACACGCGCGCGUUCAGCCUGGCUGUGGAGGCGACGGAUGGUGGGGGUUUGGUGGCGCACUGCCAGGUGGAGGUGGAGGUGCUGGACGUGAAUGACAAUCCUCCUGAGAUCAGAAUUCUGUCGCUCUCGAGCCCGGUGCCUGAGGACGCGCCUGCCGGGACCGUGGUGGCUCUCUUAAACGCAAAUGACCCAGACUCCGGGGAGAACGGUCAGGUGUCGUGCAAGCUGUCGGGAGAGGCGCCGCUGUCGAUCGUGGCGUCCUCGGGCGGCUCGUACAAGGUGGUGACAUCGGGCGCGCUGGACCGCGAGCAGGCGUCGGAGCACCGGGUGACGGUGGUGGCCCGGGACCGGGGCAGGCCGGCGAUGUGGAGCAGCACGGAGCUGGUGCUGGAGGUGUCGGACGUGAACGACAACGCGCCGGAGUUCGAGGAGGCGGCGUACAGCGCGUACGUGGCGGAGAACAACGCGGCGGGCGCUCUGGUGCUGCGCGUGCAGGCGCGGGACGCGGACGCGGGCGCCAACGGGCGCGUGAGCUACUGGCUGGCGGGCGGCAGCGCGGGCGCGGCGGACGCGGCGGCGCUGGUGUCGGUGGAGGCGCGGAGCGGCGCGCUGUACGCGCAGCGCUCCUUUGACUACGAGCAGUGCCGCGAGUUCACGGUGGCCGUGCGGGCGCAGGACGGCGGCUCGCCGGCGCGCAGCUCCACGGCCACGGUGCGCGUCUUCGUGCUGGACCGCAACGACAACGCGCCCAGGGUGCUCUGGCCCGCGGCGGCAGCGGCGGCAGGAGAGGGUCCGGGAGGGGCGGCGGCGCCGCCUUUCGACUUGGUUCCGCGCUCGGCCGAGGCCGGCUACCUGGUGGCCAAGGUGGUGGCGGUGGACGCGGACGCGGGGCGCAACGCGUGGCUGUCGUACGAGCUGGUGCAGGCGUCGGAGCCGGCGCUGUUCCGCGUGGGGCUGCACAGCGGCGAGGUGCGCACGGCGCGCGCCGUGGGCGAGCGGGACGCGGCCAAGCAGCGUGUGGUGGCCGUGGUGAAGGACCACGGGCAGCCGGCGCUGUCGGCCACGGCCACGCUGCACGUGGUGCUGGCCGAGAGCUUGCAGGAGGCGCUGCCGGAGCUGAGCGAGCGGCCGGCGGGCGCCGAGGCGGCCGAGGCGGCGGCCGAGCUGCAGUUCUACCUGGUGCUGGCGCUGGCGCUGCUGUCGGCGCUCUUGGUGCUGAGCGUGGCGCUGGCCGUGGUGGCGCGGCUGCGCCGGGCCGGGCCGCCCGCCGUGCUGCGCUGCCUGGGCGCGCAGCGCUUCUCCCUGGCCGGCGCCGCCUUCCCGGCCGACUUCUGCGAGGGCACCUUGCCCUACUCCUACAACCUGUGCGUGCCGGCGCCGGCCCGCACCGUGCCCGAGGCCGCUUGGCCUCCGCCGCCGCCGGGGGUGCCCAUCCUGUCGGCGGAGGAGCUUCUGGGCGGGGAUUCCCGCCACAAGCCGAACCCGAGCUCCAACGCCAUCGAGGGAGAGGUGCCCGCUAAUCCCGACGCACCGCAGGUCUGUAAAACCGUACGGUUCUGCUCUUCUCCUUGA